AUGCCACCCUUCAAGGAUGAGCACAUUCUUCUCAUUGCGCCAGGCUCGCAAAUGACCCUGGCGCAGCUCGGCCUGCCCGAAACAUUCACCCCCCGCGCGAUUCCGCUUCCCAACGCGCAUUUUGAGCCAUACCGAAUUCGCGAGAUACGCCAUGAAGCCAAGGUCCCCAAUGGCUCGGGCGCCCCCGAAGAGGAGCCUCCAAAGGAGGACACCGAAAUGAAGGAUUCCACAUCUGCAGCCGCAGACGGCACUGCAACUGAGACCGCUGCUGGCGCUGAAGCCGGCGCGGAAGGUGGCGAGAAGACGGAGGAGUCUACUCAGACGGUCCAAGAGGUCUUCUACGACGAGGACGUGACAUCCGAAGAAGGCGCCGUCUACCCUAUUCAGAACGGCCGCAUUGUCGACUGGGAGUGCUUCUUUGCUCUGUUGACUCAUAUCUUCAACGCCCUUAGUCCGCCAUUCCAUACGCCCGUCUUGAUGAUCGCCCAGCCGGUCUGGUCCGCGCGCGAUCGCGAAACCAUUGCCCAGUUCGUCUUUGAGAAGUUCAAGGUCCCGGGAUUCACCCUGAUGGACUCGGCGCUGGCCGCGUGCUAUGGGUACGGUGUCCAGACCGCCACUGUCGUUGAUGUGGGCAAGAACAAAGUGGACGUGACUGCCGUGGUCGACUUCCAGAUUCAGGAACACGGCCGAGGAAUCGCGCUGGAAGGUUGCGGCGGUGAUGCUAUGACUGAUCGUUUGGUGGAGCUCCUUGGCUCCAAGGGAUUUAGUCGGGAGAUGUGUGAGCAGCUCAAGCGGAGCAACAUCACCGAGAUCCUGCCCCCGGGAACUCCACUUCCCGGUUCGUCAGCUACUGCCCAUCAGGGCACCAAUCCUGCGGCGCCAGGGGAUGCGAACGGCUCCGGUUCUGCUCCUGGCACCGAGGGUAACGGCGAGAACAACGGAGAAGAGGAGGGUGUUCUGGAUGUCGCUGCUAUUGUCAGCGGUAAUACAUCGGAGUACCUUGCGAACAUGGAGAAGGAGAAGGCCAACACCAAGAAGGGUGCUGCUGACCCCAAGCAGCCCAAGCUUCCCAACGCUCAAAAGGACAAGGGAACAUUCCAGUUCGAAGAGUUCAUUGAAAUGGAGGAAGAGAACACUACUGGCGGUGCCAAGCGAUACAAGCGCAACAGCCGGGAAAUCGCUGUUGGUGUUGAACGCUUCCUUUCAACAACUGCUCGACAGCAAGCUGGUCCUCGCUUGACCAGCGGCAUUCUCGACGACAUUGCCACUCAAAUUUACCACACUAUCUCUUCCGUUCCUUAUGUCUCCAAGCGAAGCGAGCUGUGGGACUCCCUCAUCAUCGUUGGCUGUGGCAGCAAAGUUCGAGGUUUUGUUCCGGCCCUUCUUGGUGUCAUUACCCAAAAAUUCAUCCUCUCUCCCACCUCCUCGAUCUUCACCUCUGAAAUCCCCUCCACCAUCUCAACUCCUCUUGGCACUGGAGCAAACACCCCGGCCCCCGUGCCGCAAGGCCAAUCCGCCCCCGGUCCCAUGUAUCACCCAGCUGCUCACGGCUCUCUGAAGCUUCCUGAGUACUUCCCCGAGUUCAAGGAUCAACCCAACACCAAUGCCCCAGGCGCCAGUUCCGGCCCCGGCAGCACUUCGCAGGGCGGCCACGGCACCGAAGAAGCCGUCUUCCUCGGUGCGCAGAUGGCGGCCAAGGUCUUCUUCGUGAUCGACCAAGGUCUGUCAAAGGGCUACCUGAGCCGCAUGGACUACAAUGAGAGUGGACCAUCGGCUAUCCACGAGACCACUCUCUAG